CCAAACUCCCCAACAAAACAUUUCUUACCAAACCAGAGAAGGUAACAAAGGAGUACAAAAACUGCCAAAGAAAACUUCCUCCUCAUCUAUAGUCUCUCAUCAAAGUCUGUUUUCUUCACACCUCUCUCUCUCUCUCUCUCUCUCCUCACCUAUCUCUCUCCAAAAUUCAGACCCAUCAAUGGAAACCUCUCCCAAACUCCAAGAAAACCAAAACCCAUCUGCCCACAGCCACAGCACCACCAGCACAACCAGCAGCAGCACCAGCAGCAAUGGGCUCCACCCACCACCACCACCACAAACCCCCACCACACCCAAACCCAUCACCAGAUCCGAGCCCAACAGCCCGUACCCGACCACCUUCGUCCAGGCCGACACCUUCUCCUUCAAACAAGUCGUCCAGAUGCUCACCGGAUCCUCCCACGCCAAACCCGACCCGCCCAAGAACCCCAUCCCCCCGAUCCGAUCCGGGCCCAAGAAACAACCAUCUUCCAAACUCUACGAGCGGAGGAACAGCCUCAACAAGAGCUUCAAGAUCAGCCCGUUGCUGAACUCCGGCUUGACCCGGACCCACGAGAUCCUGUCCCCGAGUAUUCUCGAUUUCCCGUCGCUCGCCCUCAGCCCGGUCACCCCGCUCAUACCCGACCCGUUCAACCGGUCCCCGCAGCCCGGUUUGGACAUGGAGAAAGAGAAAGAUGCGAUUGAGAAAAAAGGGUUUUACUUGCACCCGUCGCCGGCGAGCACUCCGAGGGACUCGGAGCCCCGGCUGCUGCCCCUGUUCCCGGUCACUUCCCCUAGGGUUUCAGGUUCUUCUUCUUCGUCUUGAGCGAAUUUUUCUCUCUUUUAUUUUUUUUGGGUAUUUGUAUAAUUUUUUUUUUAAUUAUGUGGGUUUUGUUAUUUUACUAAUGUGGGUUUUUCAAAUUGAUGAGGCUAAUGCUCUGUUGUUAUAUAAUGAUGAAUGUGAUGUACAAUUUGGAGAGGGUUUGGAGAA